AUGACAGUCACCAAGACCUCUGGCUCGAGCCAGCAGCCCUGGUGGAAGAACGCCGCCGUCUACCAGGUCUACCCCGCCAGCUUCAUGGACACCAACGGCGACGGCAUGGGCGACCUGGCAGGCAUCACGUCGAAGCUCGACUACCUCGACGAGCUCGGCAUCGACGUCGUCUGGAUCUGCCCCAUGUACGACAGCCCACAGUACGACCUCGGCUACGACAUUUCCAACUACGAGGCCAUCUACAAGCCGUACGGCGACCUCAAGGACAUGCAGCGGCUCAUUGACGGCUGUCACGCCCGCGGCAUGCGCAUCAUUGUCGACCUCGUCAUCAACCACACCUCGCACAUGCACGCCUGGUUCCAGGAGUCCCGGUCGUCCACAGACAACCCCAAGCGCGACUGGUACAUCUGGAAGCCGGCCCGGCACGACCCCGCCACGGGGAAGCGGCUGCCGCCGAACAACUGGCGGUCCAACUUUGGCGGGAGCGCGUGGACCUGGGACGAGGCGACUGGCGAGUACUACCUGCACCUCUUCGCGUCCCAGCAGCCAGACCUCAACUGGGAGAACGAGGAGACGCGGCGGGCCAUCUACGACUCGGCCAUGCGGUUCUGGCUCGACCGCGGGGUCGACGGCUUCCGCAUCGACACGGUCAACAUGUACUCCAAGACCCCCGGCCUGCCGGACGCCCCCGUGGCCAACCCGGCCGUCGAGUGGCAGCGCGCAGACAGCCAGUACUGCAACGGCCCGCGCAUGCACGAGUUCCUGGCCGAGAUGAACGCGGUGCUUGCCCCCUACGGCACGACCAUGACGGUCGGCGAGCUCCCCCACACGACCGACCUGAGCAAGGUGCUCAAGUAUGUCUCGGCGGCCGAGAAGCAGCUCGACAUGGUGUUCCAGUUCGACGUGGUGGACGUGGGCUUCGGCGUGGACUCCAAGUACGCGACGGUGCCGCACAACUGGCAGCUGCCGGACCUCAAGCGGGCGAUCCAGUCGACCCAGCACCUGAUCAAGGGCACCGACGCCUGGACAACGGCCUUUAUGGAGAACCACGACCAGGCCCGGUCGGUCAGCCGGUUCGGCUGCGACGCGCCCGAGCACCGCGUCGCCUCGGGCCGCAUGCUCGCACUGCUCAACACGACCCUUUCCGGAACCUUGUUCAUCUACCAGGGCCAGGAGAUCGGCAUGGUCAACGUGCCCAAGGAGUGGCCGCUCGCCGAGUACAAGGACAUCGAGUCGACAAACUACUACCGCGAAGUCGAGCAGCGCCUCGACUCCUCCGCCGCCACUACGCCGGCCGAGAAGCAGGCCCAGCUCGCCGCGGCCCUGGCCGCCAUGCAGCACCUCAGCCGCGACAACGCCCGCGUGCCCAUGGCGUGGGACUCGUCGAACCCGCAGGCCGGCUUCUCCGCCAACCCGGACACCUGGAUGCGCACGCACGACCUGUCCCCGACCGAGAUCAACGUCGCCGCCCAGCUCGGCGACGACGCCAGCGUGCUCGAGUUCUGGCGGCGCAUGCUCAAGGUCCGCAAGCAGCUGCAGGCCGUCCUGGUGCACGGCGACUUUGAGCUGCUCGACAUGCCCAACCAGACGCUCUUCUCCUACACAAAGACCGCCAAGGACGCGUUUGUCGUGCUCAACUUCUCCUCGGACAAUCAGCCCUUCUCCCUGCCCGAGCUGCCGCACGCCAGCCCCUCGUCAAACAGCAAGCCCUGGUCCCUCACCGUGUCCACGUCCCCCGUGCCCGCCUCCGCGGCGGCUAACCAGCAUGCCACGGUGCUCGAGCCUUGGGAGGGCAGGUUGUACAUCUCCUCCUCCUCCUCCAGCAGCAGCGCGAGUAAGUGA